UGGAGCGACAGGUCUCGGGCCCCCAGACAAAGCGGCGGGCACCGAGUCACCAGGCACGACAGUGGGCACCGAGUCGUCUGGCAAGACUGCGGGCACCGAGUCGUCUGGCAAGACUGCGGGCACCGAGUCAACUGGCGGAACAGCGGGCAUCGAGUCAACUGGCGGAACAGCGGGCAUCGAGUCAACUGGCGGGACUGCGGGCACCGAGUCGUCUGGCAAGACUGCGGGCACCGAGUCGUCUGGCGGAACAGCGGGCAUCGAGUCAACUGGCAAGACUGCGGGCACCGAGUCGUCUGGCAAGACUGCGGGCACCGAGUCGUCUGGCAAGACUGCGGGCACCGAGUCAACUGGCGGAACAGCGGGCAUCGAGUCAACUGGCGGAACAGCGGGCAUCGAGUCGUCUGGCAAGACUGCGGGCACCGAGUCGUCUGGCAAGACUGCGGGCACCGAGUCGUCUGGCAAGACUGCGGGCUCAGAGUCAACAGGCACGACAGUGGGCACCGGGUCAUCAGGUAUCGGAUUGUCUGGCUCGACAGCGGGCAUCGGGUCACCAGGCAUCAGGUCAUUUGGCUUGCCAGCGGGUACCGCGUCAUCUGGCAAGGCAGUGGGCACCGGGUCACCAGGUAU